CAAAUUUUAGCUAUGUAUGUUAAUCUAUAAAUGCUAAAGAGAUAUGAGAUGAGGAAGUUAACUUGAGCAAGCAAAGCUGGCCAUUAUCAUCAACAACUAGGUUUGUUCAUCUUGUGCUGUCACUCCUUCGAAAUCAAAGCAACGAUGGAGAUCAAAAAGUUCAAUCUCUUGUUCUUUUCAACGCUGUGUCUUCUUCACGCCUUCGCCACCGCCACCGACGUUCACUAUUGCGAUAAGAAAGCUGACUAUGAUGUUGAGGUCAAAGGAGUUGAAAUAUCUCCUGAUCCCGUCGCAAGAGGCCAGCCUGCUACAUUCAGCAUUGCUGCAGCUACAAGUCAAGCAUUAUCUGGAGGGAAACUGGUGAUUGAUGUGUCGUAUUUUGGUUGGCACGUAUAUAGUGAGACCCAUGACCUUUGUGGAGAAACACCUUGUCCUGUUUCUGCUGGCAACUUUGUGAUUGCACAUUCACAAGUUUUGCCUGGAUUCACUCCACCUGGUUCGUAUGCUCUGACCAUGAAGAUGUAUGAUGGAAACAAGCAUGAGCUGACUUGCGUUAAAUUUGGUUUUGAUAUUGGGUUUGGCUCAUCUGUGGCUGACAUUUAAUUGACAUUAGUCCUGGAAAUCUAUGGUAGAUCCGUAUAUAUUAUUUGUAUAAUAUGCGAAGUACCCUUAUAACAUUGACCUAGUUGUAACUAUAAUGCAGCAUUACCAAUAUGUGGAUUAAGAAUCAUAAAAUGUGUUGUACUAGCUGUGUUCAUAAAACUCAAGUUGUGUUCUUUAUAUAAUUUUCCUUUUUGAUUA